AUGUAAAAGUUAUAUAUAGGUAAGGUUAAAGAGGUGAAUAAGUAAGAGAUAUAUAAAUUGUUAAUGCAGUAUGGAUUAAUAAAGAGUUUUGAGGAUAAGGAUAGCUUUUGUUUUGUAGAGUAUUAUUAUGAGAGUGAUGCUCGAAUGGCAUAGUAUGAAUUAGAUGGAAGAUCAGUUUGUAAUACUCGAAUAGUUGUUUAAUUUUCAAAGGCAUUAAUGAAAUAAGAAGACUUAUUGAAAGAGGCAUUACCGUCUUCAACGCGUAAGAUAUAUGUGGGGAAUUUAAAUCAUAAGUUCACAAGUUAGGAAUUAGUUGAGAUCUUUAAUAGAUUUGGAAAGAUAUUGGACAUAAUAUUUAAAGAAACCUAUGCAUUGAUUGAAUACCCAACAUAAUAAUGUGCAACUGAAGCAAUUUUAUAUAUGAAUGAGAAGAAUUGUAAAGGAGAAAUUUUGAAAGUGGAUCUCUAGAAAACAUAUGACGAAGUUUUGAGUUCUAGUAAUCGAAUAUAUAUUGGUAUAUACUUAUGAUUAAAAUUGAAUAGGAAAGAUUGGAAAUUUAAAGAAGAUGGAUUUGAUUNUAUUUAAAUCAGCAAAUAUUCUAAAAACAAAAAAAAUUAAUUAUAAAAUUUAACAAAAUCGUAUUAUCGUUCAUCAAAUCAAUUCCUUGGUAAUAAUCUUGCAAAUUCAUUCUAAGAGAUUUGAUAACCAAUAUUAAUAUAGAUAAUUGAAACUUUGUUGA